CACCAUCUCCACCCCUCCUCCACCGAGAAAAACAUGAUGAAAAUCUUAUUCUGCAAGAAGAGGCAAACAAGGUCUCAUUUGAAAGGUUCAAUCUUAGUAAAGAGCAAGUUAAUGACCUAAAAGACAAGGCAAGCAAGAACCCCCUUAAUAAGGCUUACUCCACAUACGUAAGCCUGGCAGCCCAUAUUUGGAAAUGUUGUACCACAGCUCGAGGUUUACUAGAAAAGCAAAGAUGCAAACUCUACAUUCCUGUAGACGGGAGAGAUCGUCUCCGUAGACCAUUAAACUCUACAUUUCCUCGUGGGUAUUUUGGCAAUGCUAUUUUUAUGGCCACGCCAAUAGACAUUGCAAGAGAUAUUGUCUCCAAUCCUUUGUGGUAUAGCGCUGAAAAAAUUCAUGGGUCAAUAGCCAAGAUGGAUAAUGAAUAUCUACGGUCUAAUUUGGAUUUCCUGGAGUUACAACCAGAUUUGAAUGCUUUUGUGAGAAGCGGAGAUGUGUAUAAGUGCCCUAAUAUGACAAUCAAUAGCUGGACUCUUUUGCCCUUUUAUGAGGCAGAUUUUGGUUGGGGAAGGCCAACUGCGAUGGGACCUGUAGAAAAAAAUCCUCCAGAAGGACUGUGCCGCAUUUUGCCCAACCCUACUAAUGAUGGGAGUGUGUCUGUUUGCCUGUCAUUACUAAGGAAUGAUAUGGCAAAAUUUGGUAAGCUGCUUUAUGAGUUUUAACAUAUAAACUGUAAUCUGAUAUGAUUUGAUUCUAUUCUACAGGAAUUAGGUGGGACAAACCUUUUUGA